AGUUCGUACUACUAUGGGCCUGAUGAUUCAUUUUUAAUUUUUUAUUGAAGUCAGUGUGGUCGAGACUGAUUUUUCCUCCGAAAUUUUUUUAUAUGAUGUUGAGCUUGGACCAUCUCCUUCUGCCUCGACGUAUGUCGGCAGCUGUCUCUCCGUCGGCAUCGGCAUUUCGAUGGAAAUGGUGUUGUCGCCAGCUUUUCCUGCUCUCGUUCUUGACAACGAGAUUUUGCCAUGCGGUUGAGGGAAGCGAGGAGUCCCCCGAGCCGGUCGGAGAAACCGCGAAGAGCAGCCACGAUGCCAAUGCCGCCCCCGCGAACCCCCCGUCGACUACCAAUAUUAAACAGCAACCGAAAUCCCUUUCCCAAAAAUUCACCGCAAAACUCAACUACAUUACCGAGCGCUACCCCCACGUCGCGCCAUUUUCCAGUGCGAAGGAGCAGUGGCUGCGGGGCGAUCCUGCGCCUUUUCGGUGCCCCGGCGUUCCGAAAGCGGCGACGUUCAAAGCGAAGUAUUUGUUGGAAAAGCAUCGCACUGCUAGGAUAAGUUGCAGUUGUCAUGCAUGACAGAUCCGCAUGCGCAUGCUUGCUUGAAUCAGAAUCCGCAUGAGAGACUCCAUUUUCCUUUCUUUUUUAGCGUAUAAGUUGUCUUGCAACUACUUUUAAGUACUAGUAGGAUGCUUUUCCAAUGCAUACCAGGCUGCUGCAUGCGAAAUGUCGGCUGACGAUGGACAUUGAGGUCGAUGGCGAAUCAGAGGCAGAACAGCCUAGCGCAGGCGAGGAAGUAUGCAUUGCAAAAGAACAAGAAGUAUCGUACGUACUAGAAGAAAUCGCGUGGCAACAUAUUUCACGAAGAUGACAACUGGGGUUUGUCAUGCAUCGCCAGGUAAGAUAGAAGGCGAAUCUGUCACGCAUGACUGCGAUUUUACGAGCGCGAUACAUUUCCAUUUGCAAUGCAUAGGAAGAAGGACCUGACAAGAGAAGUGCCGGAGGCAGUAGUUGCGCAAAAGUGGCCCAGGAGAUCAUCGCGCGGGUACGCGGCGAAAAGAAUAAAGAAAAAAAGAAAUGGCAGGAUCCGCACAACGGCGGGAAAUACGCGGUGGCGGACGAGGAAGUAUGAAUUGCAAAGCUACGUAUCGUGCUUGUAGUCUUACAUUUACCAUUUUUCUUAGCUGCAUGACGCAUGGAUGAUGAAUUGGGCACGCUGAUUUAUCUUGGCAAGUAGAUUUGUCAUUGGCAUGGUGCAUGAUUGUGAUUGCAACUACGAGCGAGAUUUUGCUUUUCCGAUGCAUAGACACUACCAAUUGUGAACGUGUUCGACCUCGGGAGCAAGAGCAAGAAGGUGCUAAAGAAACUGGGAGCAAAACCCCCACCGACGAAGGACAAACCUUGGAUCAUACGGGUGCAACGGAUGACAAACAUGAAAGACCCAGCCGGAGAGCCACUGCCGGCGGAAAAGCAGUACACGGACAAAGUGAGCCUGGUUCUGGUCGACGGGGGAUCAUCCCCUGGCAAGUGUAAAGUGUUCGGCUGCUCUAUGGAACUGUCAGGAUCGAAAUCGGCAAAGUUGAGAUGAUUUAUCAUGCAUAAAAUGGAUGCCGGUUGUAACCCAGUUUCCAAGUGACGCGUGACAAAUCUGGGUAGAGCCGAAAUCCUGUCUGUCAUGCUGUUUGGGUAAGGAAGACGCCAUUUUUCAUGCUACUUUAGCAGCUCCAUUUCUGCCCCUCAACAGGCUUACAAUCUGUCUCACUUGCCUACUCUGCAAGACAGGCACUUUGUGGGUUGUGUUUUAUGCGUGACGACCUUUUUCAACUUUGACGAUUUCGAUCCUGACAGUUCCAUAUGCUCCGAAUCCCAAGUUUUCUCCAUGUUGGACGGGUCGACCAACUACUGCAACCUGCGGAAUCUGGUAUGCUAUUCGAUGGUGCAAAAGUUGGAGAGAUAUCGCAUAUUUUGCUUGUGGUUGGAUGAAGGUGGAGUAGAACUGCAAGAAGAGCCUAACUUGCAGUGCGCAAGAAGUAGAUUUCUUUGCAGAUACCAGCGGCACUACGAUGUAUGCAAACACGGUUUUGACCACUACACUCAUCGAUAUCAUCAACUUUUGCAAACCGCCUGUAUAACUCCGGCGCAGCGGACGGCUGUCCGUUUGUGCACCAUUCCUUCGCGAAGGUCACCUCGAACCCCGACGGUAAGGACCAGCGCUGCACACAACACGAUAACGCUAUGUGCAACACGGGACCAGCCGCUCUACAACUUCCUAAGGCACCGGCGGAGGAGGAGGCAGUAGAAGCAAAGGACAGUGGCGGCGAGAAGGCGGAGGAGGAUGUAGAUGCUAACGCAGACCACGGCGAUGUUCAAGAUGAGCAGGGGCGGGACGGUACAAAAACAGAAGAGAAUGCAGAUGCAGACGAGCCCCAACCUGAAGUGCAAGAUGAACAGGAUGAAAAAGUGGACGAAGCGGAAGCGCCAGGGGCUCCUUCUGGUGAAACAGCUGCAGAAGAUGCUGAUGAAGCAAUGGACUCGGUGGCGAAAGAAGUAGAUGCGGGUAAGCCAGAGAAGAAAUCGUCGAAAAAGGAAAAAGACAAAGCGAAGGACAAGGACAAGGACAAAACGAAAGACAAGGACAACGAAAUUAAAGUGAAAGAGAAGGACACAGCGAAAGACAAGGACAAGGACAACAAAGCGAAAGACAAGGACAAAGACAUCAAAGCGAAAGACAAGGAUAAAUCGAAGGACAGCAGGAAAUCUUCAAAAUCAAAAAAGCCGAUGUCCUCCAGGACCACUACCAUCGAAGGCAAAAAACCUGCGGAAGAUGCAGAUGCGGGCGCAGACGAGCCCGCGCCUGAAGUGAAAGAACAAAAGGAGGACGAAGCGCAAGCUGUAGCUGCUUCUGGUGAACAAGGAGCAGAAGAUGCUACUGACGCAAAGGACUCGGCGGCGAAAGACGAUGUAGGUAACACGGCGGCGAAAGACGAUGUAGGUAACACGGCGGCGAAAGAAGAUGCGGGUAAGCCAGAGAAGAAGUCGAAAAAGGACAAGGACAGAGCGAAAGUAGACAAGGACAAGAACGACAAAGAGAAAGACAGUGACAUCAAAGCGAAAGACAAUGACAUCAAAGCGAAAGAGAAGGACAAAGCGAAGGACAGGAAAUCUUCAAAGCCAAAAAAGCCGACGUCCUCCAGCACCCUCGAGGUCUUCGACGACGGGUCCUCCUCGCACUUCUACCCUCCGGAACCAGAUGGACUGGCGGAUGAGGAAGUGGAGACGCAUGACAACGGGGAAACCUCCGCUCGUCAGCCACCAGAGGCCGUGAGACUAAAGGGAAAAGAUCGAGAGGAAGAUGGAAACUUGGAAUUUCUCGAUAAGAGGUGAUCAUGGGUUCCUUUCACCGUCCUGUCUAGUGAGGCUGACUACUUAAGUUGAGGCUGACCUCCACAACCUAGUUCCAUUUCUCGAGCAGCGCACUCGGUAGGUUCAAAAUCCUCACAAGAUGCGUACCUUGGAUGAAGAGGUACGGUUAGUUUUCUUGAAAUCAACGACAACGUCUGAAGAAGUUUAAAAUUGAAUGCGCAUAAUUGAUGCAAAACUCCCUACGAGGAGGGUAAGAUUGGGAAACACCUCGCGUUUACUUCUGUUGCAGGUACCUGUAACGAGUUAUCAUGUGGAUCAGACAGAUUCAUCCCGUCAGAUACGACGAACAUGCACCUAGCUGGUCCUCCAGAGCCACUCCCAGGUAUAGAUUUAGUCAGAUGAUGACGCCACCAGAGACGGAUCUUCUACUAAACUUCUCUUUUGAUUUGUUGUGAUGGAAGAUCAAGAUCCUAAGCUCCUUUCGUGAGUCAGCAACGCCUCGCUCCUGGUCUUGGCGAGGGUGAAAGUACGAUCUUCUGCCUUUGUUUCCUUCCCUUUCGCUUUCACGUAGUAGAGGCACAGUACAAGACCUUCUA